AUUUCAUUCGUUCGUUCAUUCAAUUUGACCGGAAUUUUUCUUGCUUGUGGGACGUGUACGUAAUUUCUUGUGUCUUUUAAUUGUGGAGUAAUUCAUAAAGUCGUGAAAAUGCGUCGCAACGGCAAUCGUGGAGGACCUCAGAAUCGCGGUUUCUCCAACGAUCGUUUUGGAAACGGAUCGCUCGGCCUGCAAUCAAGUUCAGGCCCACUUAUGACCGAUCAUAUUCAACUCCACGCAGGCCAUCAUCAAAUGGAAGGUAUGCGGAGCAAUCUACCUCAUACCCCUGCACUUCUGGAUUUGGACUUGGAGCUCGAGUUACUGAAGCGUAAGCGCGAGAUCAUCGAGAAACAACAGACCAUGUUGUUAAAUGAAUCGAGAUUUGCACCUCAAUCGAAUCAGUAUAAUGUUAAUCGUAACUUUUCUAAUUUCUACAACGACGCCGCUGGUUCGCAAUUUGACCAUUAUGAUAGACAGCAGAGUUUGAAACGCUCAGCUGCUGAUGGUUGGAACGACGGGCCAGCUCCCAAGCAUUACGGUGGCCCUUCGCGGUCAAAUCAAGCUCCUCGUAGGUUUGACACCUUCCCUAAACAAAAUGCGAGGUUUGACCAGAAAAUGGGCCAAGGCCCUGCAUCCCAACCUCGUGGUCAAGUCCACAGGCGACCUACACCUGCACAUAUACAGAACAAACAGAAUAAAGUGGCGAAAUCAAAACGGACUCCAGCCUCAGUUCCUAAUAAACUCGCCGAUUAUCCUGUGCAUGAGCGCAAGAACUUGAUCGCCCAAACUGCGCCCUUAACUAGCAAUACGCGUAUAAAAAAGCCUAUUGAGAUUCUUUUCUUGAAUCCUAACGAGAUACCGUCUCCUAAGUUGCUGGGGCGGCUCGAAUUAGCCUUAGGAAACAUAUUGCGAGAGUUGAGGGACCAGUUCGGUACGUUGGAGGAAUAUGGUGAGAUAUUCCGCUCGUCGACCAUUCAGCGCGCGAUAAAACAGGUUCUCCGCGAGCGUAUACGCAACGUCAUGCUUAACAAAGAAGUCGGCAAUUGUGCCGAUAUCGUUAACGCAUACCGCAAGCAAUUCCCUACGGACACUGACCUGGAGUUAAUAACAAAAGCCCGAGACACCUGCAAAGACAGGAACAGCCUCGUGAUCGAUCUGAUCGAGUCAGCUGAUCCUGAAAAAUAUUUCAAGCGCAACUUUGAAAGAUUGCUUAACGUGUCAAUCACCAAACUUUUCGAAAAGGUUGCAAAAUUGUACGAAAGCGAACCGUCAAGAAAUAAAGUAUCAGCAGAAAUUAUGGAGAAUAUAAUUAUCGAUUUGGAGUCCGAUCCUGAUUUCAUCAAGAUUGAAAAAACUGAAGGUGAUGACCCUAAGAAAGACAUUGUAGAUGCCAAUAAAGCUGCAGAAACUGCUAACAAAGACAAACAAACAGCUCAUGAAGAUAAUGAAACGGUCCAGAAAACCGAAAAGCCUGACCAAAUAGCUGAAACACCUGAAAAUGGUGAAAAAGCUGUUGAGACAGUUAAUAAUGUCUGGACUGCAGCCGAAGAAGCUGCAAAUAUAUCUGAGGCUAUGGACAUAGCUAUAGAUGAAAGUUUGAAGGCGAGGACCCACAUCGGCGAGCCCCUCAAGGCUAAAUUCUUUGUCAAAUUGAUUGAAAAUAUGCUCAAGAAAAUGAUACCACUGGCAUUGCCUAAAUACAAAGAGUAUAUGAUUAAUAUACUGAAUUCCGACGAAGAAUUUAAGAAGACUAAAGCCUUCUUGAUAAUGACGACCUAUAAGAAAGCCGAGGAGAUCACAGACGAACCAAAUGGUCAGUCUGAUACUGCGAUCCCUGGCGCACCGCCAUAUUUUGUCAAGAUCCUAGGUCGUCCGACUUUGCCCAACAAGCGUCUGAUGAAAAAGUUCCUGGACAAAUUCAACCCGUCCAUGAUCAAGAAACACAGGGUCCUGCAUAACGUACUGUAUGUGUCCUUCAAGAAUAAGGCGGACUUUGACAACAUACUAACCAUGACUGGAGCGCUUAUCGCGAGCACAAAGCUGGAUAUAAGAGUCAGUGAAAAUAUCAGCAAACGUAAGGGUGAAGCGAAGCAGAAUACACCCAACACAAGCACCAACUCGGAUCUACUGAACGACAGCGAUGUUCCUAUGCCUGAAGCUUCACCUGAUAAAGAGCUUGACGAGUCCCUGGACAACCAGAUAACUGAUUUGCUUACUUCUAUCAGAGAGGAAGAGGAGAAUAAUCAAAUUAAGAAUGAAGAGGAGAAUAAAGAAAUUAAGAAUGAAGAUGAAAUAAAAGAAGAACCUAAACAGGAGGUUAAAGAAGAAGUUAAAAACGCGAAAACAGUUGAAGAGGUGAAAGACGAGACACAAGAGAAUGGAGACAAGAAAGAGAAUGAGGAGGAGAAUGAAACACCAAGCGAAGAGAGUACCGUGGUCUCGAAGGAAGUGGAAGCUCUGAAGAAUGAAGGUACCCAGGGCGGUAGGGCGACUCCCACUAGGGCCUCGUCGCGUCUGGCUACCGCCACACCCAGCACCAUUCGAACCAGGCGAGCGAGCAAGCUCGCACAAAACUAACUCGCCGAAAUAGGUACAAAUAUUUAGAUUGCAAAAAAACCUUCCACUCAAUAAAAAAUAAGUAUUUAGAAAGACCCCUAGAAACGUCUAGAAGCUUCGUGAUUUUUUAAAUUACUUAAAACAAUUUCAGAAUACAUAGGUAUUUUUCUUUUUACCUUAAUUUAAGAUUACAAAUUAGAGACCUUAAAUAAGCUGUGUCUUUUUAUAGUUCAAAUUCAAUAAUAAUUGAUUUGACUUACGUUUUAUCUAUUACUUUAAUUCGUAUAAUUAAUAUUAGAAUUGAUUGGUCUGUAAUGUACCAGAUAUGAACUUAAUAAAUAUGGAAAAAUA